CGCAGCCCGGCCGCCGCCGCGCCGCGCGGGAGCGGACGUGACGUCAUCCCCCGGAAGCGGUUGCCGGGCCGUGGCGGAAGCGGGGCGGGGCUCGGUCUCUUUGGUGCGGGCGGCCGGAGAAGAUGACGAAGGGUACCUCGUCAUUUGGUAAGCGGCGAAAUAAGACGCACACAUUGUGUCGUCGAUGUGGAUCCAAGGCGUACCAUCUGCAGAAAUCUACCUGUGGGAAAUGUGGUUACCCUGCUAAGCGUAAGAGAAAGUAUAACUGGAGCGCAAAGGCUAAAAGACGCAACACCACUGGUACUGGUCGCAUGAGGCACCUGAAAAAGGUCUACCGUCGAUUCAGGAAUGGAUUCCGUGAGGGAACUACACCGAAGCCCAAGAGAGCAGCUGUUGCGGCCUCCAGUUCAUCAUAAAGGCUCAUCUGUUUGUUAAAAUAAAUGGUCUUACCCAGGA